AUGUCGUUUAAGAUUCCGCGAGUCUGUAUCCAACGCAAAUUAUUUGAUGCUAAUUUAGAUGGUUUUCAAAACAAUCAAAAUUCACAGGACAUAAGUUCAAGUGUUCAACCUAAUAGCAGCAUUCAUCAGUCUAAAGAUGAAUUCGAAGACCAGUCGAGUCACAGUCAUUCAGAAUAUAACUCAUCUUUCUGGACUUCACUUCGUAAUAUUUGGAAACACUCUGAUCGCGAAGACACAAGCUCGAUUACAGAAAAAGACGAUGAACAUAAUGAUGAGUUAAAACUAAGCAAUUUGCUAAGCGACAUAAAUGAAACCACAGAUUACUUAAUGAACAAGAUAAGUAUAUCAGAAAAAAUAAUUGAAUAUGGGAACCUAAACGGCAAUUCACUCAAAACUAUUUCGGAGUCAGUGAAACAACUAUCUUAUGGAAAGAAUAUUAUUAUUGAUAAACAAAAUUAUUUAAAUGCGUUUUCAGAAAAAGUGAAAGAAUUCCCUCUUAUUAUGGCUGAACGCUUAGACAGAAUCUUUUCGAAAGUCGACAGUUCUAUGACUGAUGAGUCAAGAAACUUUGAUCGUUUGCCUGCGUCAUCUCGCGACGAUUUAGAACACGCUGUUGUGACUCUGCGGAACAAAUUUAGGUCUUUACAAGAAAGCAGCAAUCGAGAUGAACUCAGGUUGUGUAGAAAUAUACUACGCAGUGAUGAAGUCUCAACUCAAAAUAAGAAAGAGGCAACACGAGGACCCAAUAAGUACAUGUUAUCUAGUACAGGAUCGGGACUUUCUAUUCAUAUGAAAUUCCGAACACCUCUUUCAAUUGCUGCGAGAAAACCUAAUAUCCGGUCUGUAUCAAGGUUGACAAAUCAUUCACGACAACAAGAAAUAUAUAUUGAAGAUUACGCAAACCACAGAACAAGGAAGACAAGCAAGUCUCAAUUAAAAGAUGAACCCAAUUACUACCGAAACGCGGAUUAUUAUAUACAUUCACCUGAAACGACAUCUGAUAGCAGUGACUGCAUAUCUCUAUCUAGUAUAUCUGAAAUAUAA